AUGGGGGACGGGCAAAGUGAAAGUAAACCCUUGCUUCGAGAUGAGGAGGUAAAUGUAAGCACAAUAUCUCCAAUUGGACCUGACGAACUUCCUCCGCCCUACCAGCAAGCAGGAAUGCCUAUGGUAACAUGCCGCGUGUGCCAGGCUAUGAUCGAUAUAUCUGGGAAGAGGGAACAGCAUGUUGUGAAAUGUUCAGAAUGCAAUGAAGCCACGCCUAUAAGAAAUGCUCCACCUGGGAAGAAGUAUGUUCGUUGCCCAUGCAACUGCCUGUUGAUUUGCAAGUCAUCUUCACAACGGAUUGCAUGUCCCCGUGCUGAUUGCAAGAGGAUCAUCAACUUGGCACCAUCACCAGUGACCCCACCAGUGCCAACCUUACCAGGCAUGUGCAGGGUCAUCUGUGCUCAUUGCCAAGAUACUUUUCUGUAUCAGCUAUUGAAAAACGCUCCAGUACGAUGUCCCCAUUGCCGCAAAGUUUCAUCAGUGGGGCCCCGCAUGGCCCGUCUCCGAGGCACAGGGUUUGCAGUUCUGGCGAUACUGUUCUUCGCCAUCGCACUGGGAGUCACUCUCGGAACGAUUAAUGCCGCGAAGAAUCACGGAGGCGGCAUUUACGUGGCUUACGUGGCUGGCUUCUUGCUCGCGCUCAUCUUAGGCAGCCGAGCUGUAUACUAUUUUGCGAUGAAAGUAAGUACGAUCGAGGGCCCAAUGUAA